AUGUGGCUUUUUUCGGCUUGGAAAAGCGGCGCUGUGCCUGCUGCACUUCUUUCUCAAGACUUCUUUAGCCUCGGCGCAAAGGAUGUCGAAGGGAACUAUAGACAAAUGGCAGAGUUCAAGGGGCAGGUAAUGUUGAUCACAAACUCGGCAACCAAAUGUGGCUUUACGCAGCAACACCUUAAAGAGUUCCGGGAACUCAAAGAAAAGUAUGGACCCCAGGGUUUCGAGGUUCUGGCCCUUCCGACGACUCAGUUCAAAGAACAAGAAGAGAGAGAUCCCGCGCUAAUGUGUCAGGCUUACAAGAAAUUCGAUAUCAACUUCCCAUUAUUUGAACUUACAGAAGUCAACGGACCGAAUGCAAACCCUAUAUUUCAGUACUGCAAGCUACACUCUGAAGAAAUGUACAGCAAGGGGGAGCUGAAGCCAGUGGGUUGGAACUUUGGCAAGUUUCUGCUGGACAGGGAAGGCCGCGUGUUCAAGUAUUACAGUCCCCGCAUUCCGCCAUCCGCUCUGUCUGCAGACAUAGAAAAGCUUUUAAAAGGGGAGCUCAGGGGGAAAAAACGAAAUGAAGCCGGAAUAUUAGAGUGA